UACAUAUAUGGUGGUGCUUGUAGAGGGAUGUUCGAUAAAUAUAUAUAUUAGCACUGUAUCUUUGGUGAGUUUUGUGUGUUUUCUACAUUUUAACAUUUAUAUGUGUGUAUAUACAUAUUUAUAUCGUUUUUAUAUCAGUGUAUACUUUUAUUUCACUGCACUUGACCUACAUGUAUAUUUUUUGUAUGCUGUUAUUUAUAUACAUAUGUAUAUAUAUAUAUAUAUAUAGCCAUAUAUAUAUAGCCAUAUAUAUCCAUAUAUAAGUGACAUAUAUACGUAUAUAUGUCGACUACAUAUAUACGUGUAUGACUCUGCUUCUAAACGCCUCUCUCACAUUUCGCCUCUUAUACUUAGAGAUAGGAGCUCGAAGUGUGGGUGAUGAAAAAAUAAAGUCAUUAUUGUUAAAGCACUUGAACCUAAACCUCGUGUUUUACUUCUUUCAGUGGCGCAGUCGGUAACCGAUCCUUCGGUGUUGCUAGGUACGCGUGGCGUGCGAAAAUAUUAAAAGAAAAGCGUACUAAUGAAAUCACAAGUCACUCGUCAGUUUUAAAUUAAAAGUUAAAUAAAUAAUAAAGCAUUAUCAGUUGUAAACUUCUCGGGCAACAUUUACAAACGUGAGAAACAAAAACUAUUUAAUUUUGUUUGCAUUGUGUGGUUACAUAUAACAAACAUAUAUUCGAUGCGAUGAGAGAUUUAAAUACUCCACACUUUCCGUUAUAAAAAGAGAAAUAGAUGGACUUAAAUAAAGAGUUAGAAAAUUUAAAUGAGUACUUAAGAAUAUUAGACAUUAACGCUGAAACAAAAACAACAAACAUGGCCGAAGCACAACAAAUAAGAGAACUCGUAAUGCAAAAUAUUAAAUUAAUUCAGCCUUUUGAUGGUGAUGCUAAUUACUUAGCACUGUAUGUCGAUAGCAUUGAUUCCAUAAUGCCUGUGGUUGCACCAACGCAACCUGCUGAGCGAGCAUUUUAUUUCAACUGCAUAUUACGAACUUUACGAGGGGCAGCUUUGGACGUCAUAAGGAGGGAGCAGCCGCCAGAUUGGUCCACGCUAAGAGAACUUUUAGUUGAUGAGUUUGGAGAACACACUCCAAUUUCGACUCUUAUUUUACAAGGAGUCCCAUCUAGCAAUACUAAUUUAGGCCAAAAUCAAUCCAGACAGGUGAAUGUUAGCCAACCCAGUCAACAAAGUCAUUGUACCCACUCAUUCAAUGGUCCGAUUACAUAUACCCCAGGCAAUGCCCUGCAAACAAGUUCAUUACAAACACUAUCUCAUCCCGUUGGCUCAAAUCAAUCAAGAUUGCGAAGAUAUGGUCAACCUGAGCCAAUGGAUCAGGAUGCUUCAAAUUUUCAAUUAGAAGCCUCGGAAGACUACCCUCGAUUAAAUUGACACUAAAUAAUAAAGAAAUCAAAUUUUUAAUAGAUACGGGUUCAUCGGUAAGUUUAAUUAAACCAUAUGUAUUAAGUAA